AGACACAUAUGGUUGACCAAGACGGAGGAGAAAAGAUAGUGACAUACUGAGUGAUGAAACCACACCCGCCGGUGACACACCGAGUGACGAAUGGAAGAAUGGAUUUGAAUGAAUGUGCUCAUCAUCGUAUUCGUAUAUAUAAUCAUUCAGCUUCAGAGACAGACAUUAAUAUUGUAAUCAUUGACCAACCAAAAUGGCAACAACAACACAACAAAUUAUUCCUCAUGUCGCACUUGGAAACCAAGGCCUUCAGGUUUCAAAAUUGGGAUUUGGGUGUUUGGGACUCAGUGGUGGUUACAAUGAUCCACUUCCUGAACAAGAUGGUAUCUCUGUAAUUAACCAUGCAUUCAGUAAAGGCAUCACUUUUUUUGACACUGCUGAUGCUUAUGGAGCCAAUGGUGCUAAUGAAAUUUUACUUGGAAAGGCUUUAAGGCAAUUACCUAGAGAAAAGAUUCAGGUGGCUACAAAAUUUGGUGUAUCCAAAGGUCAAGGUUCUGGUUUCACUGGUUGGACCAUAAAGGGUUCGCCCGAUUAUGUUCGUUCGUGCUGUGAAGCUAGCUUGAAACGUCUUGGUGUUGAAUAUAUUGAUCUUUAUUAUCAGCACAGAGUGGAUACAUCUGUGCCUAUUGAGGAUACAGUAGGUGAACUUAAGAAACUAGUGGAAGAGGGGAAAGUGAAGUAUAUUGGGCUAUCUGAAGCCAGCCCAGAUACGAUAAGGAGAGCACAUGCUGUUCAUCCAAUCACAGCUGUACAAAUAGAGUGGUCUCUGUGGACUCGCGACAUUGAGGACGAGAUAGUUCCACUCUGCAGAGAGCUUGGUAUUGGAAUUGUAACAUAUAGUCCUCUUGGUCGUGGUUUCUUUGGUGGCAAAGGAGUUUUGGAAAAUGUGUCGGCAGCUAGUUCCCUGGCUUUUCAUCCCCGCUUCCAAGCUGAGAACUUGGACAAGAACAAAAAAUUAUUUGAACGAAUUGAAAGUCUUGCCAAGAAACACGAGUGCACUCCUGCUCAGUUAGCAUUAGCAUGGGUACUUCAACAAGGCCAGGAUGUUAUGCCUAUUCCUGGAACAACGAAGAUUAAGAAUCUGGAUCAAAACAUUGGCGCCUUAUCAGUGAAACUAUCAGAAGAGGAGGUGAAAGAAAUUUCUGCAGUGGUUCCCAUUGACGAUGUAGCAGGUGGUAGACACUUCAAUGGAUUGGAUCAAUCAUCCUGGAUAUGGAAGUUUGCUAACACACCUCCAAAAGUCUCAACCUGAAGUAUUAUAUUAUAAUGCCUGAAUAUGGAUUACAUUGUUAAAUAAGUCAUGUCUUGAUAAAACUGAAAUAUGGAUUGUAAUGUCUUGGUUAAAUAAUAAUCCAAUAAUUUCUCUA